CAGGCUUCAUUCCCUAAACCAUCCAGGUCGAUUUUGGAUGAAGUGACCUCUGCGUUCGCUAAGUUCAUCAGCAGUUUUAAAGAACUUAACAAUACUGAUUCCGAGGAUGAGUCCUGCUCGCGGACUCAGGUUGACCAGCAGAAUGAAUGUUGUGAAGCCACUAGGACCAAACUGCCCUAUCAAAAAGAACUUUCCAACGCCCUUCACAAGAUCGGUUUGAGUAUGAAGGAGUAUGAAGAAGUAAUGCAGAACAUCCAAAGUGAGAAUCAUACGAAUCAACAUCUGUCGGAAUUGGCUGGACCAAAGGAGGAUGUCCCAGAAAGUGUCACGAAAAGUUGUGAAACUGUGUCAGGUUCUCUAACUGUCCUACAUUCCAACUUUGUACCGACGCAUAACCGGACUCUCUGCGCCGACAUUUUACUGAACGUGACCAAGUGGGAGAGUGAGCAUCGGGACAUUGGAGAGUCCAGUUCAAGCGGUCGAUGGUGGGACGUUCCGAAGCCAACGAACUUGGAAGAUUUUAAUGCGGAACCAGUGAGAAAGGCAGACAAAAUGAAUAUCGUGGAGUUGGAUCAACAGCUAGAAAAACAGUUAAGAAAGGAAAGUGAAGAAGUUCAAAGGCGCAUAGAAGAACUCGAAAAAGCUCGCGUUGAGGAAAUUGAACGACUGGGACGAAUUAGAAGAUUGGCCGAGUACAGUGGUAACUCCAUGGACAAAGGCUGCACGGAAGACCCUUUCCCAGUAGCAAUACGCAAUUCGCCUUUAGAACCCACGAUCCCGACGGCAGCAAUCGCUCAGCCCAAGUCCAACACUACCGUUGGUAACACGCUCCAUGACAAUGCUGAUGGACGAACACCACGUUGCGCAACCUUGGAAGCCUCAACAAGACUAUCUACAGGCAGACCUGAAGACGCUGUGAAAGAAGCAUACCGAGGAACGUCACACCGCCCUAUGUCUACUCCCUCCGCUACAUCGUCGACGAUUGAACAUAUCUGUGGAAAAUCUGCAUCUCGAAAUCCAGAUGACUGGGGUCCUCUAGCUUAUCUUGCGCUGAUACCACGGAGGGCCUCUGACUCGGCAACUCUGAGGAAUUACUCCGAUAUGAAAUUACUGACCAACACUACAUGUGACCAAACGAGAAUGAAACAGCAAGUGGAUUCCCAGCUGGCUUGUGCACCAUGCGAAACUACCGAACCACCCGUUUUCAAGUGUAUGACAACCCCCACGGUAAACGGUCUGACCAUAAAUCCGCCCAAUCCCGAAUUGCCAAAGUUGGAGCACUGUGGCACAUUGCAUGGGGAAGAAGCCGAGGGAAGAUUCGAUCAUGUGCUCAAAGCAACUUUGAAGGUAACGGUGAAUACCGCGGCCAUUGAGCACAACGGCACACCCGAUGUGAAACACGCACUAUGUUCAAGUGUUGACAAGAGUUCCGCAUCCACAUCACGCAGUAGAACGGAGGAAGAGCUCUUCCCUGCAGUAACCAGUCCCCACGUAUUGCCGUUCACUCCUGAAGGAGAACAUUGUGGAAGGCCAAGUGAGGAGGUUGAAGACGAUUUCUGGGCAGCUCCAGUUCCCACAGAAUGUGCGAGUGACACCUCGGCUGUCGUCGUUACGGAGGCCUCAGCGCAGUGUCCUCUCGAACAGAACACGUCUGCAAAAACGAGUACUGCUUCCUCCGAAAAACCAACGGAAAGAGAAGAAGCGUUGAUGGAAGAAUGGUGCAUUUACAACAAAUCAACAUACCGUCUUUUGAUAAGACGGGCACAACGGCUGAAACCCUCUAAACACAAACGACAAGGAGUCGAUGGCCAAGACAAACCGCAGUUACCAAUGACUUUGAAUGGACAGUGCUCUCGCGGGAAGUGUCCUACUCGUUCCACCAGCAGCCGGUCCUCUUGGUCCCGCCCAAACGCUGAAAGAAUUGAAUACCAGCUACCGCGUUGCAGCGGAGCUAGUACAGCGGAAGAAUCACACACAAGACUGAGUCCGAAUUUAAAGGACUGGGGCUACCGAGAAAGGCCCAGAGGAAACCUCAGGCGACAUCUUAAGCUUCCAAGAGUUACCGUGUAUCCAGAUAAAUUACCCCCACAAAUUUCAAACCAGACAGGAUGGGGAUCACUAACGUACAACCGACCUCUCCCAAGUGAUGCUUUCCAGGCUUUUUUGCAUGUCAUGGUAAAUCAAAAUGUCUCGAUCUCAUCCCCAUUUUAUAAUCCAUCGUAACUGUGUAUAUGUGCACAACUACGGCCGAUCAAACUUGCUGCAUGCCUUUGUUCUUUCACGCGCACAAGCAUGAAGUGAAGUUAGACACCUGCACAUCCCCCCCCCACGACGGGAACAAUUUUUGACGUCUUUUUUGUUUGCUUACCGUAAUCUGGUGACAUUUUUGACAUCUCUGUGAAGGAAAAUCUACUGUGUACAGUUUGUAUUGCUACUGUUAUACCAUUCAAACCAGAAUGAACGAAUACGUCGG